ACAGGAAGUUGAUUUAUCAGCUGAUCCUUCUGGCUGUUGUUGAUGCCUGAAGUUGCUGUUGUUUGGACACUGUGUCGCUCUUAUCUGCUCCUGACAUUGAAGACACAUUAAACCCGAGACAGGGACACGGACACGGUGGGCAUAUACCUGCGGACGAGCUUAUGAGUAACAAGGGAACCGUCUCACAGGGAGGACUUUAAAUUCGCGCACUAGCGGCAGAAGAGCUAGCGCCAAAGCUUGAACCUUCGGUGAAGAGAAGAAAGAAAAGCAGUAAAGACAGCCGACGGCUUGGCUUGCUUUCUUUGUUUAUGUCGUUCCAGUCUGAACCGUGAUAAUAAUCUUCUUUGUCUUGAAUUUAAAAUUUGUUUUGCACAUACGUUAUUUAUAUUUAUACUUUACACGGAGGGGGCAGCUAGCACGGCAGCUAACGUUAGCCCAUAGCGCAAAGAAACAGUCUUGUUGUCAAGCUUUGAUGCUUUCGUAACCGCCGACAGCUACAGGUAACGUUAGCUAACAGUGAGAAUAGUCGGGUUUGGAGAAAUAAUUUUCGUACCUCUGUAUUUUUGUAGGUGUUUGUCACUGGAUCAGGUGCUCUGUUGGAGACACUGUAGCCGAGCAAGUUGAUGCCCACUCGUUAAAUUGAAGCCUGUUUGAUACGUUUGUCGCUACUGAACAAGUUUGACAUAUCUGUUUGUUUAUUCCUGACAUUGAAUCGAGGGAGUUCAGGUUUCUUGUUCUUUUUUUUAUCCGCAUCGAUUUUAAACCACACAAACAAGCAAUAGGUUGACUGACAGUUGGCCUUGUACGUUUUAGAUUGGCUGGCAGGUUGCGUAAUUUGUUUGCGUGCGAGCUGUCAGCCUUCGCUGGGUAACUUGUUAAACUGUUAUUUAAACCAUAUGUAUCUCUGUAAGCAUUAGGUGGCGGUGUGUUUCAUUUUGAUCAUUUAACACCUUUUAUCAUUCUUCUUUAGGGCCGUUUUAAUGUCAAGAACAUAUGACAUGUGAUAAAGUGCCCACGGUUUACUGUAACCCCUCAGAUAGCUGUUUGAUGACCACACUCAUGAAUUUGGUAGCUUUGGAAGUAGAUAGAGUUAUGAAUUAAAGUGGCCAUCUGAAACUAUUGUGAGACAGAGCUUGAUCAGGGAGAGACAGGCGAAGAGAAAGGGUCCCUCAGAGGGUCCCAUUGUGUCUUGAGGUGAGGUGAGCUGCCCCCCACUACUUGCCAAUGCUGGAUCUGGAGGUGGUGCCUGAGAGAUCACUAGGAAAUGAGCAAUGGGAAUUCGCCUUAGGGAUGCCAUUGGCCCAGGCCAUCUCUAUUCUGCAGAAACACUGCCGCAUCAUCAAAAAUGUCCAGGUGCUAUACAGUGAACAGACGCCACUCAGCCAUGACCUCAUACUGAACUUGACUCAGGAUGGGAUAAAACUGCUGUUUGAUGCCACAAAUCAGAGACUAAAGGUGAUUGAAGUGUAUGACCUGAGCAAAGUCAAGCUGAAAUACUGUGGAGUCCAUUUCAACUCUCAGGCCAUUGCCCCCACAAUAGAGCAAAUAGACCAGUCAUUUGGAGCUACGCACCCUGGAGUUUACAAUGCUGCAGAGCAGCUGUUCCAUCUCAACUUUCGAGGCCUGUCCUUCUCCUUCCAACUGGACUCAUGGAAUGAAGCUCCAAAAUACGAGCCUAACUUUGCCAUGGGUUUGGCCUCCCUGCAGAUUCCACACGGGGCCAUGGUCAAGAGGAUGCACAUCUACACUGGCAACAACCUGCAAGAAACAAGAGCUCCGGCGAUGCCUUUGGCUUGUUUCCUCGGUAACAUCUAUGCAGAGUGUGUGGAUGUCCUGAGAGACCAGGCAGGACCUCUGGGGCUCAAACUCCACCUUCUCACUGCAGGUUGUGGCCCAGGUGUGAUGGCUGAUGCUAAAGUAAGGUCCCUAGAAAGGAGCAUCUACUUUGGUGAUUCCUGUCAGGAUGUACUGGGUGCUCUGGGCUCGCCACAUAAAGUCUUCUACAAAUCUGAGGACAAGAUGAAGAUCCACUCUCCAUCACCUCACAAGCAGGUUCCUUCUAAAUGUAACGACUACUUCUUCAACUACUUCACCCUUGGAGUGGAUAUCCUGUUUGACUCUACAACUCACCUGGUUAAGAAGUUUGUCCUGCAUACCAACUACCCCGGACAUUACAACUUCAAUAUAUAUCAUCGAUGUGACUUUAAGAUUCCACUAGUCAUUAAGAAAGAAGGAGCUGAUUCUCAGACGGAGGACUGCAUCUUAACCACCUACAACAAGUGGGAUCAGAUUCAAGAACUGCUGGGUCACCCAAUGGAAAAACCUGUAGUGCUCCACAGGUCCUCAUCAGCCAAUAACACCAACCCCUUUGGCUCCACCUUCUGCUUUGGACUGCAGAGGAUGAUCUUUGAGGUGAUGCAGAAUAACCACAUAGCAUCAGUGACCCUCUAUGGUGCUCCGAGGACCGCCAGUCAAGCCCGACCUGAGUCCAGUAGUAGCUCCCACUGAACAAGUAACCAGAACCACAUCCCAUUCUGGCCUGUCCUGAAUCUAGUACCUCUUCUGACUGAACCUCUAACCCAGAGCCAGAUUCUAACCAAGCAGACCUAAUCCAGAACAGCAAAGUUCUUCUUGCCCAGCUCAGAUACUAUUCAGUGAACAAAAACACCACUAGAACCAAGAAUAACCAAAACAAACUUUUCCUUGCGGGUCCUAAGACUUACUAUUCCAAUUAGACACACCCAGUCACACAGUCAACCUGACCCAGACCAUCCCUGGACCCAGUAUCUAGCAGCAUGGUCGCAGUGCUGGAGCACUGAUGCUUUGAAAUGAAACUAGUGAAAUUAUUUCUUGGUUAUGUGGGAAUCUCGCGGUGGUGCUGCAAACUGAUGGUGAAGAAAUCUGUGCUCUGGUAGAGCUCAGCUGUUUCCUGUUUCCGUCCAGUGACUGCAUUUGCCCAGGACCACAGAAGAAGAGUUUGUCCAUACUUUAGAUUGGAUGGCAUGGUUCCACCAGUAAGAUGUAGUGGCAGCCUGUAUAUGACAAUAACCUCCAUAGCAUUGUGGUGGUGAGAUGAUCAGCAAUCAAAUAUUAUCUGCAACAUAUCGCUAAGUGUUUUACAUCAAACAUGUAGUUGUGGAGUUAAAAUGGCCGCCAGUGAAAACCGCUGUGGCUAAAGCCUUGAAACAAACUCUGGCUUGACCCACUGAAUACACACCUACCAACCACACUGCCAGCCCAACCAGUACCGUCAGUCUUCCUGCCGCAACUUCAGAACCAGACCCCGCUGGCUCAGUCAGCACCCGGGCACGUCUAAACCGCAAGAACCAAAACCAACCCAACCAAGAGCCAUCCGAGCCAAACACAUUUGAAGCUGCAGAGGACUGUAACCAAAAACAGCAAAACAGGAGAAUCCAGAUUUAGUCGUACAAGAGCAGAACACACCCAACAACACCCUGGUGGCCAGAUAUGAAACCUCUCAACGCAGAACGAGCCAAACAUCCAACAUCAGCUCCCUCUCCCACCUCCCCACUCACUCCCCCCACAAGCUUCUUCACAACACGCAAGCACACAGCAGUAAACACUCUGUUAACCCACGGUCGUUGGGGGUCUGGACAUUGGCGACAUCUGUCUCCUUGCUUACACACACACACAAACACCACACACGUAUAAAUGAGCAUCUGCAUGUGUUGGGCUGCUGAUUCUUAAACUGACGUUUCAACAGAUUUCAACAGUUUAAUUCAAGCACACAAACACACACAGCAUUUCAAUCCCCUCACUACUAUACUCACGUGCUUUUCUAAUACAUGAAAACUUGGCAAUGUUUUUUGACUUAUUACAAGCACAAACUGGCAACCUGUUUUGUUUAUUUGAUCCUGCAUGUUGUGAGAGGCACGGGCUUGGCACACAGUCGUAUUAUUUUCCUCUGCCCAGCUUCAUUCAUUCACGCCAUGACCGUUUUCAUUGUGUUCUUUAUUUCUUUUUUUUAAAGAAGCAGUUUUUACAUUUGCACUAAUACACACCUUUUUUUUUACUUGAUUGGUUGAUUGUGCCCUAUCUUCAGAGAUGGAUUUGUGGAGACAUUUGGAGAGAUAGUUGUGUGUGUGUGUGUGUGUGUGUGUGUGUGUGUGUGUGUGUGUGUGUGUGUGUGUGUGUGUGUGUGUGUGUGUGUGUGUGUGUGUGUGUGUGUGUGUGUGUGUGUGUGUGUGUUGUUUUUAUCCAUACAUUUGGACAGAGGACAGGUCCUCCCGUGGUGCGUCAUGUCCCCUGUGUUCUACUCGUCUCCCUCUUUCUCCAUCUCUACAUCUGAUUCCUUAAUGCAUUUGCAAUUCAUUCCUCAGCAGUGUCUGCAUUUAUUUCUUUGUUGAAUUGCCAAAUGCUACAGCCAAAGACGUUUCAGGAUGAACUAAUUUGAUCUGCUGACAUUGUCACUGUAAUCUCUUGUCGAAACCUGUCCUGUAGAGAGAGUCAUAUUGGCAGACGUCUCCUUUCUCUUGCAUCUUGUGUUUCAAAUCUGCACGUCCAAGUCAUUGCUGUGGUAAAGCCUCUAAAUUCAGCUCCUUGUUUCUUUAACUGCUGACAGUAAUUACACGAGCCGUGAAUAGCUGACUUACGUGUUUUGAAACCAAUCGGCACGUCUUUCAUCUGGAUGUCCUUACAGCCAAGGACACAUUAAGAAUAGCAACAACAAGUGUCAUCCCUCUUGUCGUCUCUACUGUGAUUACUAUUGUCAGAGAGCUGUAAUUUAAAGAAUUACCAUUAUUUCUCAGUGGAUUUAGUACAUUUUAACCCAUUUUGGAAAUGGGGAAGAACAUCUGUCAUUCCUUCAUCAAAACAUUUUUUUGCAUCUCCCUCCCAAUGUAUGAAUUUUUAAUAUUUUUAAUCAUAAGCAUUUCAAUAAACUGUGUAUUAAUUUUAAUACACAUAUUCUCUUUUAUUGAUCCUUGUUACAAAUGCCAUCAGUUUUACAUUUUUUAACUUUUGCUGAAUUUAUGAUUGUUUGUAUCAACAUGUGUCAAUGCAUCAGAGUUGAAGUCAGGGCCCGUAUACAUGACGUAAUGUUGAAAGUGCUGACCGGAGAAUUACGCGUAAAAUGCCAAGUUGACAGCUUGUAGUUGGUUUGCAUGGACUGGGUGAUUGAGCAGUUUAAAGCGAGUUUUGAGUUUAAACUCGCUCCACUGUGGUAUUUUAUUAUCGGUCUUCAUUAUUAAGAUCUUGUACAUGUUCUUUAACAACUCCAACUGACUAAACUGAUUGAUUUUCUGCCAACUGUACUAAGGACAGUUUUUCACUUAACAAAAUGAUACACACACACACACACACACACACACACACACACACACACACACACACACACACACACACACACACACACACACACACACACACACACACACACAGUACGUUUUGCCACAGAUUUUCUGUGGUUUCUCGCUGUACGAAUGACCAGGAGUAGAGCAGUUGAAGAAAUGGAUUUAUAUGAUGUAAAUCUAGUUAGUUAGCCAGUUCUGAGAAAUAAUUUGUAUGUAUUUGGGCCCUGAUGCUUAGAGUUGAUGUUGAUGUACAAAUGUUGUAAAUAGUUGUGUCCUCUUAUUUACAUGUUCUUAUUAGCUUGGUGCAGACACAGUGACUCACUCGGCACUAGCUAAGUAUCUCAAUAUUUCCUCCUUGAUUAAAAACUCAGGAGGAAGCAUCUGCUCACAACUGACUCAUUAACAAACACUGGAAGUGUUUCCCCCCCCCCUUUUUAAAAAAAAAAAACAAAACUCCAGACCACUCAGUAUUGAAACUUUUUCUCGUGCAAUGCGAAGGCUGCAAGUACACAGACAUGUUUGGGUGUCAGUAGAUAGCCCUGCUUCAGCUCUGCUUGAACUACUACUGCAGGAUGAAACGGCAUCAAAUAAAAAGCUUAAGAUGUUUAAGAGCGAUGGCUGUCCAGCAGUGUCUGAUAAAAUUACAAAUUACAAACUUUCCAGCUGGUCUAUCCACAUUUUGAGUUGAAUAGGGAAACUGAUGUAACAUAACUGAAAGCUAUAUUCAUACAUUUUAUUGCAACUUGCUUUUGUGCAAGUUGAAAUUAUAAAAAAGAAAACACAAAAAUGUUGAACAUUGUGCCUCAUCUCCCACUAAGCCUGUCUCUGACUUCUAUCUCUAUCUCCUCUGUAAAAAGGAAUCUACUUGUACAUACGAUUUGAGAAUGCAUUUGAACUGCAUCAUGUAUGUAAGUAUGUGUGUGUGUCACUGAUCAUUAACAACAAGCUAACAUAGUAUUAUGGCAGUCUCCGUUGUUUUAGUUUUCCUGUUGCCUGCAGAGAAUGGCAAGUUGGGUUUUUCACCAUUUCAACAUAAUGUUUUGUACUUUGUUCUGUUUCUUUGAUUUAUGUGGUGUGUGUGUGUGUUUAUAACUACACAAAACACCCUAAACAAUGUGCAAAUGUUCACAACCCUUAAAAGCUCAUUAUAGUUGCUGUGGAAUACAAGAUUUUAGCAAUGCAAAAAAGAAAACAACCAAGCAAUCUAGAAGAUGGUAUCUGGAAAAACUAGAAUGCAUGCUGACAGAGGGUUUUCAUAAGGAAGACAAUUCUUUGUCUUCCUCCACACUCUGCUGAAUUUAAAUACAUUAGUCAUUGCCCCAAAAGAUGACUUGAGCUUUGCUCCAUUGGAAGCACAUGGUUCAAAGACGAUGUGAAAAAAAUGAAACGGCAGAGGCAGCGGCGAAUGAAACAAAUCCAAGAUGCUUCUGUGGGAAAACGUAACUGCUAAUUUAUUUGGGUAUACUGAGCCCAGAAGUAUAAACACAUUAGCUGUUGGCAUGGGAAUAAAAAAGAUUCUAAUUUAACCCAAUUUUUGGUAAGCCCAUCGCAGCACCACAGGUGGUCUGUGAUGUGAUGAUGCAUUGUUACAGAGAGACCCAGAGAGGAGCCAUAGGGUUCUGAGUAGUUAAUCUCACCCAAACUCAGGUGGACACAAAAAUUUAAGAUAGAAAAACAUUAACAUGUAAUCCGGGGGUCUUUGUUGCUUUUACAUUUUACCUCUUUUUAAUUUUUUAUUUAACUGAAUGCAGGAAUGAAUGAUUGUCAUAACCAGAUUGUUGUAAUUUAUGACGGACAGCUUCAGUUCAGUGUAAUGAUAAUCUCAUAUGAACGCUUAGUAUUGUCUGUUCUUGGUAUCAUAUUCUGAUGCCCAUCUCGCCUCAGAAUAUCUUUUGUGGACAUUUUGAGCCCAUUUCUGGAAAUGAGGCAGUUAUACUUAAUUGAAAUGUGUGAGAUUCAUUGGAAUGUGGCAUUUAUAUUUUGAAUACUAUAACUUUGUGUAUGAAGAAAUAAGUAGAUUUAUUCAGCAUGUCCACUGGGGGAAAAACAGGCAAUAACAAUACCAUGUAGUGCAAAGAGAAGGAUUAGGUUGACUGAAAGCUUUGCUCCAGCAAAUUACUUUUGCCUAUGUUUGAUGAUGCUUGUUGAGAUGAGCUACGGCUGUGCAAUCUCUAACAACUCCAAUGCAACAUUUGGACUUUUAUGAAAUCAAACGCUCUCUGUUCGUUGACAUCAAAGUUCAAUUUCUGUGUGUACAACCAGGAUAUGUAAAAACAAUAAAAUUGUGGAUGUGAAAAAGG